AUGACACCUAGUUCUGCAUGGUCUGCUCCUCCACCAGCCUUCUUCAAAGCCAACUGGGAUGGAGCUAUUGAUAAAGAUAAUUCUAAAGUUGGAAUUGGGGUGAUUGUAAGAGAUUCGGAGGGCUUGGUUAUGGCCUCUCUAUGUUCCUCUAUUACACUAAAUUUUGAUCCUUCGCUUGGGGAAGCGGUAGCAGCCUUGAAAGCAACUAUCUUGUGUGCUGAACUGGGUUUAACUCAUAUUGUACUAGAAGGUGAUGCUCUCAGUGUAGUUCAGGCUGUCCAAAAUGAAGAAGAAAAUUGGAGCGCUUUUGGUAUGGUAGUUAGAGAUGUCAAGUCCAUGUUGUCAAAGGUUUGGGUGUGGUCAAUUCAUCAUACUCCUAGGGAGUUAAAUGUAAUUGCCCAUAUUCUAACAAAGUAUGCUCUUACUUGUUCAGAGGAUUGUUGUAUCCUUCUGGAGGAUUACCCUCCAUAUAUCCAGCAUUUACUCUAA